UAUCCCAUGGCUGGAAGUUAUGGUGUGAUGAAUGAUGACCGCUCUAUUGAUUACACAGUCCAUGAAGCCUGGCCCGAGGCCACCAAUGUUUACUUGAUAGUGAUCCUUGUUAGCGUUGGCCUCUUCAUGUAUGCCAAGAGGAAUAAAAGGAAAAUUAUGAGAAUAUUUAGUGUGCCACCUCCAGAAGAAACCUUGUCAGAGCCCAAUUUUUAUGACACAAUGAGCAAAAUUUCCUUAAGACAGCAAUUGGAAACGCAUUCGAUUUCAAGAAAGUAUGAGCAUCAGCAGCCACAGAGCCAAGCUGACAGUGCACAGCUCUCGCUGGAGUGA